AAAUGGCGACAUAUAACAUGUACUAGUAUGACAGCGGCCUUGUCAAUGUCAAUAAUUGUUACAUUAUAUUCAAGUUAUAACUAUGGAUCCUGUAAAAUGGAAUAAGCGUGCGUCACUGGUCUAUGCUGUUGGUAUUUGGACCAUGUUUGGUGGUUACGGAUAUUACAGAUACAUGCACAAAAACGACCCUCCAAUACAAAUGCCCAUGGAAGAAGAAGACAACAGGCCUAAUGUGAAGAAAUAUGAAACAAAACACUCGAAAACCACAAUUGUCUAUAAGGAGAAUUUUGUGCCAUAUUCCACAAGGUUUUUAAACCUCUUCAGAUCUACGAGUGAAAGUUCUCCUGAGAGUCCAAAUCAUGAAGAACAGAAAUAAAUGGACAGUUUUAUCCCCCAAAUUAAAAUGGAACUGUCAUAUUCUGACGUAAAAGAGAGAAAUAAAUGUGUGUUUUGGAACAAUGAAAUCAUUUGUGAUUUACAUCACCAGACACCAAACUGGAUGGCUUACGUCUUGACAUCUCAUCGUUUUAGAGGAGUUUAGCAACACCUUAUGGGGAAAAGAGGAAUGUUUUGUGCACUGCUUUUGAUUGAUUAUGCUCUUUACAUAAAGAGCAUUCCUGAUUACAUCAACAUAAGCUUUGUUUUCUUGAUGAGUGGUAUCCUAAAUCUCAAGGAUCUUAAUAUUAAAAAAAUGUAAUAGCUGGAAAUACGGUCUUUUGAAACAACUUUUAACAGUAUAAUGCCCUUAUACAGUAAAAAGUAGUUUCUCCCUGAAUCAGUUGUUGAAAAACCUUCACAAUAAAUCUAAACUGGAAAA